UUUCAAUAAACUACUGGCCUCGACGGAUCCAGCUCAAAACGGAAUCGUAGUAUAUUAGUGCUCUUCGAUCGGAAUGGUUGGAAAAUUCAUUUUAUGGUUUGCUGUUUCAUAUAUUUUGGUUGCUGCCGAGGACGCAAGCCAACCUUAUGUACCGAAAGACGAUCCCAUCAAGAAGUGGUGCGUCAGAAACAGCGGUUCGGAAGCCGGUUAUGAAAAAAUGCUAAAAAGUGGGAGCGUUGUGGAAAAAUGCAUUGGCCAGGUUAUAGAUAAAGCCGACUUCGAGCAAGAACCUACAACCGAAAACAAAAUCAAACAAGUCAAAAAAUAUUGUCCGAGAUCUGGCGAGUGGCUGAAAUGCUUCGAACAUCCUCUAGACGGAAUUGCUUUAUGUUUAGGAGGAAACGAUCUGAAUCAAGCUAAACAUUUGGUUGACGAAGUGGUUGGCGAGUUAGCUAAAAAACUUUGCGAAAAUGAUUCGGAAUAUUUCGUUGAACUUUACAAACCCGAAUACGCUCAGUGUCUGGAUCAGUUGUGGAAAAUGACCCUCGAGUGUGCCAUCGAGCCGGAAUAUUUGUCACUGUUGGAAAUGGGUUGUCCUAACUUGGAAGCCGUUCGGUCGUGUUUCCAGCAGAGGAUUUCCAGCUGUGGUGCUCCGACUAAUGUAAGCAGCAUUAUUUUGCAAACCUUUGUCAGGCCCAUAUUCCGGUUCAACAACUGCACUGAGUCGCCGGACAGUAAAUAGGUAGAUAUGUUCGGAAGCUUCUGGCUGAUUAAAUCCUGUCAUAUUUAGCAAUAUUUGAUUUAGUUGCGUUGAAUUUGUUGUUAUUGAUCAAAAUCCAAUAAAAUAUUAUUC